CAUUUGUGAGGUCGACGGCCAUGUUUAACUUCUCUGACAAAUACAGAUGGAGUAUCAAAAAAUAGUGUUGCAACAGUUUACCUACGUUCCGUACGAUUUGAUUGAUCUGGAUUGGUGUAGUUGUAAAUUAAAUGAUACAUAUUUGUAUAAAUGUUGCGAAAAGUUGAAAACUUUGAUAUAGUUACUCUGUAUAUCGUAUUAAUCAACAAAGUUUCUAUAUGUUUUAACUAUUAAGAAUUCAUUACAGCGUGAACAUGUUAAAUCAAGCUGUAGUUGAAGCAUUAUAUUCUGCAACAUACAUUGAAAAUUAUUUAGACUGUGUGGAAAAUUUGCCAAACGAUUUACAAAGACAUGUUUCCCGGCUCCGAGAACUCGAUGCUACUUGUCAAACCUACUUAAGGGAAGUAGAUCAACAACAAGAAGCAUUAAGAAAUGAUGCAGAUUUAACAGUUAAGAGGAGGGCACUUUUGAGGGUACAACAAGCCUUGAUUGCUGCCCAAGAAAUAGGGGAUGAAAAGUUACAGAUAGUCCAACAAGUCCAGGAUCUUAUAGAAAAUAAAUCCAGACAGUUGGAUUUAGAUUACCGUAAUCUUGAUUUUGGAAAAGAACAAGAGACUAAUGAAUCAACCCGUGAAACAAACGCAAAUGUUAAUUCAAAUUCUGCUGGUAAUGCAAAUAAUUCAGAAAGGCAACCAAAAAGAGCUAGGAGGACUAGGACAGAAACGAUGGUUGAGUCUUCUAAUGCAAUGGACAUGAUUGUAAUGACUGAAACACGUUCUAACUCUUUAUCAAAUGCAAGUAAUGGCAAUCAGAAGAAAACAACAACUACUAACACUGGUAAGAAAAAGAAAAGAAAAUCUAGGCAGGGAAGCCAACAGAAUCAACAUCGUGAGGAUACUCCACCACCGCCAGAAGAUGAUCUUGCAAUAGAUCCAGAUGAACCAACGUAUUGUCUGUGUGACCAGAUAUCAUAUGGAGAAAUGAUAUUAUGUGAUAAUGAUUUGUGUCCUAUUGAAUGGUUCCAUUUUUCGUGUGUUUCAUUAAGUACUAAGCCAAAAGGAAAAUGGUUUUGUCCAAAAUGUAGGGGAGAUCGUCCGAAUGUUAUGAAACCUAAAGCACAAUUUCUGAAAGAACUAGAGAGAUAUAACAAAGAAAAAGAGGAGAAAUCGUAGCAGGAAAAAAGUGGUGAGCAACUUAAACACUUUGGAAGACUUACUUAAAAUGAAAGGAAAUUUUUCAAACAUAAUUUUUAAUUUUAAGUACACUUUCUAAAUCCCACCAAUUAGAUUGUUUUAUUUAUAAGAACCAGUGAGAAAAAUUAUUGUAAUUUUAUGAAAAGUUGGAUAAAAUUACUUUGUUGUUAAAUUUUAUUGUAUAAAUGUCUGUGUGAGCUAUUAUGUAAGAAAUUACAAUAGUAAUCGAUUUGUAUAAUAUUAAUUAUUGUAAAUACUGUGAAAAUAUUAAAUAAUUAGAGUAAAACAAAUAUUUUGAUCACUGUUACAUAUGUUUUGAAGUUAUUUUAUAUUUAUUAAAAAUUUGAUAAUUUUACAAAAUU